AUGAAGAAGCUGAAGAGCUCGGAAAUCGCCAGACACAACGACAGGCAGUCGUGCUGGGUCGUUUUGUACGGCAAAGCCUACGACAUCACAGACUUCCUUGACGCACAUCCGGGCGGGGCGCAGGUCCUUUUGAAAAGUGCAGGCCAGGAUGCCACGGCCGAGUACGAGAGCGUGCACAGUCCGGACCUGGUGCAACAGACACUUCCCUCCACUUCAUUUCGCGGGUUCGUCGACUCGGACAGCAUCCGCAAGACACAAUCCACAUCCAAAGGCAGACGGGAGCAGAAUCUAAAGACGCGGUUUCCACCACUGAGGUCAUUGAUCAGCGUCAAUGACUUCGAAGCCGUCGCAAGGCAAUACCUCAGUCCAGCCGGUUGGGCAUACUAUUCAUCCGGGGCAGACGAUGAACGUAGCCGGUACGAAGCUGCUCGUGCAUUUCGCAAAUUGACACUGCGUCCCCGAGUCCUCCGCAACGUGGAUCAAGUUGAUACUAGAACCACCAUUCUCGGCAAGAACACCAGCUUGCCGGUCUAUGUUUCGCCCUCGGGAUUGGGAAGGUAUGCACAUCCCGACGCAGAAUGCGCCUUUGCCUCUGGAGCUGGAAAAGAAGGGCUCAUACAAGUAAUACCCACGAGUCCCAGCAUGCCCAUCGAGAAAAUUAUCAAUGCCCGAAUCAGCGACAGUCAGCCGGUGUUCUUUCAGCUAUAUUUCAAUCGAGACUUUGAGAAGACGGAAGCCAUGAUUCGUAGAGUGGAGAAACUGGGGGUGAGUGCGAUAUGGUUGACUGUGGACUCGCCUGUUCUCGGAAAGCGGGAGCGAGAUGAGCGGUUGAAGGUCCAAGUAAGCAGAGGCUCUAUUGUGGUUGACGAAGACCAAUAUGCCAUGCUCGAAGAACAGAAACCCGGUGUGGCUAAAGUGGCUGCGAGCGGCCUGCUCAAUCCAAAGUUGACUUGGGAUGAUAUUGCAUGGAUCCGCCAGGUUACGAAAUUGCCUCUUGUUCUCAAAGGGAUCCAAAGUGUCGAGGAUGCCGUCCUUGCGUAUGAAAAGGGAGUGGAAGGAAUUGUCUUGUCUAAUCACGGAGGCCGAUCCCAGGAUACGGCACAAGCGCCAAUGAUCACCCUGCUAGAGAUCCGACGAUAUGCGCCACAUCUGCUCAAUGGCCGAAUGGAGAUGUUCUUGGACGGCGAAAUUCGUCGCGGCACGGACAUCCUGAAGGCGCUUGCCUUGGGGGUGCGUGCAGUCGGGCUAGGGCGACCUUUCCUGUUCAGCCUUACUGGUGGUUAUGGAGAAGCCGGGUUCAGGAGAAUGGUCCAGAUCCUGCGAGAAGAGCUGGAAGGCAACAUGGCACUGGCUGGAGCCACUAGGGUUAGUGAGCUUGUACCGGCGAUGGUCAACACGCAGAGGCUGGACAACGAGGUCAUUGGCUCCAUCAAGUUGUGA